UUUAUUUCUAUCUCCCACCACACCUAUUUGCCCCCAUUCUUUCAGUACACAUCACAACACUAGGCAAUUAUUGUCACAAGAAAAGCAUAGAAAGCAAACUUACCCAUCACUUAUUCAUUUGUCUAUACAUCUUUCUUUCAUACUCCCAAACUAUUCCCUCAAAAAUUGUUCCAAUGAGUUCAAAAAAACUUGUGACUUUUGAACUUCAUUUCUUCUUCUUCUUCUUGAUCUUAUUACUCGGUUUUUCGAGGGCGGAUGUCGAUAAAGAUAAAGAAGAAUGUGCCAAUCAACUCGUCGGUCUCGCCACGUGUCUUCCUUAUGCUAGCGGACAAGCCAAAGCUCCCACACCAGAUUGUUGCACUGGUUUAAAAGAAGUGCUAGACAAAAGCAAAAAAUGUCUUUGUAUAUUGGUGAAAGAUAGAGAUGAUCCUAGCCUUGGUCUUAAGAUCAAUGCUACUCGUGCAUUAAGCCUUCCUACUCUAUGUCAUUCUCCCCCUGAUGUGGCUAAUGUAUCUAAGUGCCUCGAUUUGUUGCAUUUGGCACCAAAUUCACCAGAUGCUAAGGUUUUCCAAGAUUUUGCAAAGAGUGCAAAAGGAAGUACUACUGCUCCAUCCGCAUCAGUUAGUGGAAACUCCAAUGCAAAACCAGCAAGUACCGCAGCAAACGAUAAGAGUAAUGGAGGAGACAGAAGGAGAUGGAUGGGAUUUAUGGAAAUUGGUAUGGGGUUUUUAGUAAUUAUGGUGCUUUCAUAUCUCACCUAAUUAUUAACAUAUAAUUAUUGUAUCAACUUUUUUUUCUUCAUAUUUGUACUAUUUACCUUUUUGUGUUUCCUUUUGUGGUGUUGGCUUCUAUUAGUGUGUCUUGUCUUCUUUUUGUAACUCAUGAUUUGUAAUCUUCAAUUCUUUGGACUGUGUUUUUUU